CUCAGCUGGACCACACUCUCUGAAAAUUGAAGCCCUAGAAAUUAGUCUCUUCUCCCCCAAAUUUCCCUCCAUGAAAUGGGACAUGGAAAUCGAAGAUAUUGAGGCGGUGCUCGAGAAGAUUUGGGACCUGCACGAUAAGAUCAGCGACGCCAUCCACUCAAUUUCGAGAGCUCACUUCCUCAGCUCUGUCAAUGCCCUGAGAAGUUCCGACAAGAAGAAGCCGCACGCCAACGACGUCGCUGUUGAUGAGAACCGAACCGGCUACGUCUACGUGAAGGACUUCCGACACGACCACGACGAUGACUCGGUGAUUCGGGAGGCCAAGAGCCUCAAUGCGAUUCGGACCGCGCUUGAGAACCUGGAGGACCAGCUCGAGUUUUUCCAUACUGUGCAGGUGCAGCAGCGGGCUGAGAGAGAUGCUGCGAUUGCACGGUUAGAGCAAAGCCGUAAGGUUUUAGCAAUGAGAUUGUCUGAACACCAUGGUAAGAAAUACCAAGUUAUUGAAGAAGCUCUUGCCUUUGUGGGAGAUGUCUGUGAUGCAAGUCGCUUCGUUUCACCUGAAAAUCUUUAUGGUCCUCCAAUCAGUCCUUCUGCUGAGAAAUUGGAAGCCUGUGAAGGGAAGAGGUCAAAUAUUAUAAUCAAAGUUCUCAUUUCAAGUAUCAAUUUUGCUAAGAAAUCCCUUAAAUUGGAUAAUAUGGGUGGAAUACUUGGCAAUGCUGGUUUGGUGGCAGUUAGCAUGAUUGCAUUGGUGCAUCUGAAUCAAGUAGCUAUGAGGGAGCAUCCACAGAAGCUGGAAGAAAACAGAAAUGCUAGAAAAACUUCCCGGGUAGAGGGGACUUCGUCGACUGGUCGAUUCAGCAACUUGGAUGUGCUAUUGGCUAGGGGUUAGCUCAGAAGUCUUAAAUUUCUGUAGCACAGAAUUAAAUUGUAGGUAACCAAACUGUUGGUAUAGUUGUAUUUCAUCCCACGGAAAGUUUGCAGAAUUUGGCAAAGAGGUUUGGUAAUGAGUAAUCCCGUAGGUUGUUCUUUUUCAAACUACAGUAGAGGCAUAAAGCUACCUCUCCUCCUUUAGGCUAUGGGCGAAGGCUUGUUAAACAUAUACCCGUAGAUGUUUUUUUUUACAGGUUGUUUGGCUUCCUUCCUUUUGUCAUUUGAAAUUCUUUUGUGUAUAUUAAGCACUCUGAUAUCUACAGAUUGGUGAUAUAGCAACUUCGGCCCGUCUCUGAUUGUGUAGGCAAUGGACCUACAUAUAUGAGUUGGCCCAAUUUGUA